AUGGGGGACUGGAACUUGUUGGGCAGCAUCCUUGAGGAAGUCCACAUCCACUCCACCAUCGUCGGCAAAAUCUGGCUCACGAUCCUCUUCAUAUUCCGGAUGCUGGUGCUGGGAGUGGCUGCCGAAGAUGUCUGGGACGACGAGCAGUCGGAGUUCAUCUGCAACACGGAGCAGCCUGGCUGCAGCAAUAUCUGCUACGACAAAGCCUUCCCCAUCUCUUUGAUCAGAUACUGGGUAUUGCAGAUCAUAUUUGUCUCGUCUCCGUCUCUAGUUUACAUGGGCCACGCGCUCUACAGGUUAAGGGCUCUAGAGAAGGAGCGGCAGAAGAGGAAAGCCCACCUGCGGGCUCAGCUGGAAGACCUGGAGCCCGUGCCCGAGGAACACAAGCGAGUGGAGAGGGAGCUGCGGAAGCUGGAGGAACAGAAGAAGGUGAAUAAGGCCCCCCUGAGGGGGUCCCUGCUGCGCACCUAUGUGCUACAUAUCCUGACCCGCUCGGUGGUCGAGGUGGGCUUUAUGAUAGGUCAGUAUCUUCUGUACGGGUUCCACAUGCCCCCCCUUUACAAGUGCACCCGUCCCCCUUGCCCGAACACGGUGGAUUGCUUUGUGUCCCGGCCCACAGAGAAGACCAUCUUCAUGCUUUUCAUGCACAGCAUCGCCGCCGUCUCCCUCUUCCUCAACAUCCUCGAGAUCGCCCACCUGGGCCUCAACAAGAUCCACAAGACCCUGGCGGGCCGGCCGCGGAGGCCGGCGGGCCGGGCUGACGACGAGGCCGGCCCCUGCCACCCCACCAACGGCUCGGCGAUGCCUCCUCGCCCUUCGGCCUCCCCUCCGCCGCCUCCCUCCUCCUCCUCGGCCGCCGCCGGGGGCCUCCAGCGCCGGGGGGAGCCCGGAGCCGCCGCCCCGCCGCGCCGCCGCCCCCCGGGCUCGGUGCAGCACCGCGGACAGAGGCCGCCGGCAUCGUCCAGCAGCGAGGAGGCUCCGCCGGGCACUGUGGGGACAGCGGGGCCGGGGACGGGGCCGGGGACAGGGCCGGGGACGUCCCGCGGGCUGCCCCGCAAGCACAGCCGGGUGAGGGCCUGCAGGGACGUGCAGGAGGAGCUCGGCGAGUCCCCCGACAGCGGGCACUGCCCCGGCACCCGCAAGUCCAGCUUCCUCUCCAGGGUGCUGCCCGCCAGCCCCGAGGGCAGCGGCAACCAGAGCGCUGCCUCCCCGGGGGGCUCCGCCACCGGCUCCGGGGCCGGCUCCCCGUCGGGCUGCGAGGGGCAGCGGAGCCAGGAGGGCAGCCCGGCAGGCAGCCCCCCGCCGCCCGCCGCCGCCACGGGACGACGGGUGUCCAUGGCAAGUAGCGCCCCGCCGCCCGUGGGGCAGAUGGCGGGUGGGUGA